GAAGCGCGCAAAAAAAAAAAAACCAUCUAUAUAGUAUGCAACAGGAUCACAACCACACAACCCAAAGGCAUCAAGUUCGUUUCAAUGUUUCCUGACCAUGUUCAUGACAUUGAGGAGCUUUCCCCUGAUGAUCGUACCCUGUUUGCGCAGAAGUACCGGAAAUGUCUCCACCAUGUAGCACAAGCAGCAAUAUGGACCACGUACAUCUACUUUGCAGCCCGGCUGUUCUUCGCCUUGAUGACCGUGGAGCGAACAUGGAAGAUGUGGGCGAUGCUUGGUGUUGAGGGUCUAUUUGCUCACAUAUCGUUGAACCAUCAACGCUUGUCGUUUGCCGCAACAACAAAUCCAUCACACCAGACACUGUGCAAGAGACUGCGCAGCAACAGAAACCUGCCCAGAGUUGAUGUGCUAGUAACAUGCUGCGGAGAGCCAGUCGAAAUCAUCCUAGACACAGUCCGAGCAGCAUGUGCGAUGGACUACCCGGCUUCCCGGUUUCGAGUGCGACUUCUGGAUGACGGAGCGUCACGAGACCUACGUGACGAAAUUGCAAAACUCGCCACGAAAUGGACUCACCUAUCCUACCACACUCGCGGCAAGCAAUCAGGGCAAUCUUUCGCCAAAGCAGGCAAUCUCAAUUAUGCCCUGUUCUCCCUGCAAACCGAAGACCCGCCAGAAUUCUGUACAGUCGUUGACGCAGACUCUAUCCUCAUGCCAGACUUUCUACGCGCAACGCUGCCUCAUCUACUUGCAGACCCGGAGGCCGCACUGUUGACCACACGACAGUAUUUCUACAACCUACCCCGCGGCGAUCCUCUCUCUCAGUCGCGGACAUACUUCUACACAUGUGAGAAUACCGAACUCGAUCUUCUCGGUCAUGCACUCGACGCGGGAUCCGGUGCAGUCUUCCGUCGCGAUGCGAUUCUCGAAGCGGGUGGAUAUCCAACCUAUUCCUUCUCGGAGGAUUGGCAGCUGUCGCUGAUUUUACGAGGGAUGGGGAAGCGCACGAUGCAGAUACAAGAGGUUUUACAAUUUGGUCUUGUUCCUACUUCUCUUGCUGGUCAUCUCAAACAGAGGAAUCGGUGGCACAUUGGACACUCUCAGCAGAUAUCUGUGUUGUUCUCUUCUGCUAAUGAGGCGAUUCCAGAGCAUCUCCGUUGGGAUAUUGCUCUUGGAGGGCUGUCUAUUAUGGUAGGGCUUGUGAGCUAUUCGAUCGGCUUUGUUGCUCUACCUUUCCUUCUCAUCUCUGAUGGUGGGUUUAUUCUUGCUGGAUCGGAGUUGGAGGUCAAGAUUCAACUUGUUCUGGCCAUCGCGCAUGUUGCAUCGACGUGGGCAUAUGAUUGGGCUCGGAGUGCACAUGCGGGUGUUUUAUUUGAGCCUUUUGCCCACGCGGAAAACAGUUGGCUUGCUGCUGCCCAUUUGUACGCCAUUGCACGAUUCCAUUUACUUGGAAGUAAGCCCAAGGGAUCCUUCGUUACCGGAAGCACCGCAAAUUCGAGCGAGAACACUACGUCCAUUUCGUCGUUCCGAAAGGCAUACAGAGAUAUUCUUCAAAGUGGUGCUUGGCUGAACGUUUGUCUUUUUAUUGCCACUCUCGGAGCUAUCCUCUUUGCCGUCUGGGCGGCUAUCACCCGAGAUAGAUCGACUAUUCUCAAACUGCUCACUACAAUUGCUUGGCCGCCAUUAUUGCACUUGUUAUUUUUGGCGAUCGUCAACAAUUGGGUACCCAUUGCUCAUCUUUUCAAUCCUCCAACCUAUCACUCCAGAGAGUCUAGGUUGCUCAUCACAGAGAAGGGAAUAUUGUACCCACGAGGGAAGGUUGAAGGGGAACUUCGGUCCGAGAAAUCCUUUUUUGGCCUCUGCUACUCCUUUCUGGUGCCAAUUGUUCUUUCGGGAGCGCUUGUGGGCGUUUUGAUAUCAUAG